AAGGUCUCCACGGCCAAGCGGGCCGUGUAUUCACCUCGGGCGCGCGAAAUCCUUGAGAGGCAGCAACAGCUCAUUGCACAAAGCAAAGGUCGCCACGCGCGUAGCGGAGAAAUCCACCACGAGCGAUUCAUCUUGGAAGUGGUUGCCAUUGUAGCGGAAGCGUCUGAUAAGCCCGGGUAUAAGCGGGUUAACUACAAGCGUAACAUCUUGAGAGUGUCUGUCAUUGUACGAAAGACGUCCGGCCGGUCGUCCUGCCGCCUACGCUGUCGGCGCAGCUGGCGUCCGCGAUUCUUGUCGGGCCGAAAUCGAACGCGGCUCCUAGCCUAG